CUUUUAUCUAGUUGCUCGUGGUUUAGUAAGGGGUGCCUUGUGUUUUACGUAUAGGGGCUGAGUUAUUUGAACUUAUUGAUGAUAACUCUAAAAAUUAGUAUAAAUGGAAAUGUGCUAACUACAGCAAACUUUGUCAUGACCCAUUCAAAUUUCAAGUUGUUUAUUUGUUUGUAGAUAUACAAAGUAUAAUAUUUGUGGACAUCCAGUUGACUUCCACGUGAAGUUAAACAUUUUUACCAUAGAUCGUUUUAUUAUUAUGGCAGAUAGUGCCAGUGAAAGUGAUUCUAGUUCUAUUGAUGGAGGACCAAUAAUGAUGCCCCCAUCUCCAAUAACUAGAGAACAACUCCAAAAACGAAUUGAGUCUUUACAACAACAAAAUCGGGUUUUAAAAGUUGAGUUGGAUACUUAUAAAUUGAGGGUUAAGGCUUUACAAGAAGAAAACAGAACACUCAGACAAGCUUCUGUGAUAAUACAAGCUAAAGCUGAGCAAGAAGAAGAAUUCAUUAGUAACACUUUACUGAAAAAAAUCCAGGCCCUUAAAAAAGAAAAAGAGACUUUAGCUCACCACUAUGAACAGGAAGAGGAAUGUCUUACUAAUGAUCUCUCUCGUAAACUUACACAGUUAAGACAAGAGAAAUGUAAGCUUGAGCAAACAUUAGAGCAAGAACAAGAAUGCCUUGUCAAUAAGUUAAUGAGGAAAAUUGAAAAACUGGAAGCAGAAACUUUAGCUAAGCAGAGUAACCUGGAACAAUUAAGGAGGGAAAAGGUGGAACUUGAAAAUACUCUGGAACAAGAACAAGAAGCACUUGUAAAUAGAUUAUGGAAACGAAUGGACAAACUUGAAGCUGAGAAAAGGAGUCUCCAAAUAAAGUUGGAUCAACCUGUAUCUGAUCCUGCUUCUCCUCGUGAUAUGAGUAAUGGAGAUACUGCAAGUAAUUUGUCUGCUCAUAUUCAAACACUCAGAGGUGAAGUCACAAGACUGCGCACCCUUCUAGCUCAUGCACAACAAGAACAUACUGAAAAGAUGGAAAGGUAUGUUAAAGAGGAGAGGCAAGUUAGAGAAGAAAAUUUAAGACUGCAAAGGAAACUCCAAUUGGAAGUUGAACGCCGAGAAGCACUCUGCCGCCACCUGUCAGAAUCUGAGAGCAGUUUGGAGAUGGAGGAAGAGCGUCAUUAUAAUGAAAUGGCUUCUGGUGUACGCACAAGAACUGAAUCGAGCCCCGGACCAUUCAAUCCUUCACCAGUGUCCUCAAGGCCUCUUUCUCCUGGUGGAUCAGGAAAUAGAGAAGGAAGAUGCUGUUCUUGUGGCACUCCAUAUCCUUCAGUAUCUGCUUUCUUGGCUGGUAGUUCUUCCCCUCCAGCUCCUACCAUUGUUGGUGCUCAUGGUCGCAACGUUCAACGCAAUCCUGAAAGGUUCAUUAAGCCUGCUAUUCCCCCUCAUUAUGGUGCUCCUCCUUCACCAAUGGAUGUGUCAAAGUCAUAGAUUCAUAGAAGAAAUAUCGAUAUUAGCAUGGAUCUAAAAUAAAUUGCAGAAAAAUGGAAAUAAGUUUGAGGCUUCCUCAUUGGUGUGCUGCACACAGCUAUUUGUUUAGCACUUUUAGUUAAAUACUAGCAGCAAAGGAUGGUUUUUUAAAAGAUUAAUUACGCUUCAUGUACCUCAAUUUCUUUGUAAUAUAAAUUAUGUAUUACACAGCACAUAAUAUGUACAUAUGUAUGCAUAUAAGCACAUUAAUACUUGGGAUCGUUCUUCUUGUUUUUCUGAAGAUUAGAUAUAGCAAUUACUGAAGAAUGGAUUAAGUCUUUUGAUAGAAAGAUUUUAUUUUAUGCUGAGUUGGAUUCUGUUUGGUCAUUAAUUUUAUAUUUGUAUCACUAAGCUUAUAUUUUUAUUUUUAUCUCUUAUUAAGGCAUACUGAAUGAUGAAAGAGCAUGCUUAGCAAAGUUUUAGUUUUAAAAGUGUCUUGGCUGUUUGUAAAGCUAUUAAUUAAUUUUUGUUUAAAUCUUAUAAGUUAAAAUUAGUAUGUAUAAAUUGUUCCUAAAACGUUAUAUACAAAAGUAUGUGUUUCUGUUUAAUAAUUGCAUUAAAUUUUAUUAACUUUCUAAUGUCCAUUGUCUUAUAAAUAUGGAUCAGGACCAUUGGUUGUUCUCAUAAUCGUAAUCUGUGGUCUUAAUAUUUGCUUUCUAUAAUUAAAAUAACUGUAUAAAGGUUAUUGUAUGAUACAAGAAGCUAAAUCCUCGUUAAUUAAUAUGUAUUCUUGUUAAUACUUAUAUAUUAAAAUGAAAAUGCAUUGCAUUUAAAUUGAUAGUUAAAAUAUCUUUGAUUAUUAAUUUUAUUAUAUAAAUAUUUUUGUUUUGGUAAGGGUGGAUGCAUUUGUUGUCACAACAUUUGAUUGUUCACCUCUAACUGUAACUAAUUAACCUAGUUUCUGUCAAUAUGGAGUAUAAUUAUAUCUAUCAAAUAUAUUUAUCAAUAAUAUAUUCUAUUUGUGUAAUCCAUACUGCUCAAUAAAAUUGUUACAUCAUUUUGGCUUUGAGAAUCCUUUGUUUUAAAAUUAUGCUGCAAACUUAGCAAAAAUGAUAUUUUGUAAUUAUUUUCUGGUAACAUCAAAAUUUUAUACUAGUCAUAGGUAGUUAUUAUCGAGAAUUGGAAGCAUAUGAUCUAUUAAACUUCAAUGUUAUGUUAGUUAAGUUUAAUCAAUGAAUAAUUAGCUCUAGGUUGGUUAAAUGAGUCUUGAAAUAAUAAACCAUUACUGAAAUUUCUGAUUAUUGAUACUGGUGGUUAAUAUUCUAUUAGAAGUAAGUUAGAUCAUAAUUUAUAUGUGAUUCAUAAUUUUUUAUAUUUUUUGUUGAAAUUUUUUUUUAUUUCAAUGUUAAGUCCAAUCGCAAUUCUGAAUGUGAAUUUUUAAAAAAAUGUAAUAUUGAUUGAUCAUACAGUACUUUUAGAAUUUUUAAAGUUGUUGAAUUAUUAACGUAAAUUAUAAAUAGUAAUUGUGAUAAAUAAAUUACUACUUGUUUCUGAAACUUAAGCAUCAUGAGUUUCUUUUUUUUUUUUUUUCUUUUUUUUUUCUCCAAUUUGCCUCUACAUGUAUGUAGUAUCUCCGCAUUUCCCAUGACUCAUCUGUCCCACUGCAGUGAAGUCAACUUAUCCUAAUAUCCUAACUAUUUUUUUUUUAUUAACAGCUUUUGUAAUUUUAUGAACAAUAUUCAAGUAUGUUAUCUGUGUAUGUAGUUUGUUUGUUAAUAACGAAUAUAAAAAAACUAAUUGUACAAUUUUUGUGUUAAACGUUGAAUGGAGCUUUGUUUAUAUUAUAAUUCUAAUUGUCUAAUAAUUGAAAUUGUUUUAUAU